AUCCAUCUCGGCAGAGUGAGGUCUGGUGAGAAAAUACCAUUUAUCACUGUAUAAAUUGGUUAUCACACUGAACACUGAAAUUAGAAACCGACGGCAUCCUGUGGGGAUAAACACGUAUAAUUGUUGUACCACUUGCAUUUCAAAAGUGUAUGAACAAUAUGUCAAGGAUGGAUAUCACGAAUAAAAACAUGUUUUUGUUGUGCAUCGUGUUUGUUUUUCUUUCUUUUAACUAUUCCAACGCCCUCCUUUUUGGUAGUAAUUGCAAGGAUGAAAACGACUGCAUUUCUUGUACGAAACACAAAACAUGGUCUGGAGAAAAUUGUCGCUGGUGUCCUCGAGAUGAAGCAUGCCAUGCUCAGGGAAGCUUGCUUAACAAAUGCUCACGAACGGAGAAUAUCGUAAAACCUGCGGAUUGUGACAAAAUAAUUUACGCUAAAUACGAUAAGGACUUGGCGUACAAAAUGAUUUACCUCUCCGCAUUAGCGUACGCUGACGAUGUCGCUAAGUACAUACCGAAAGCAAGCGAAGUCAACACAUUUCAACUCGUGAAGCAGGUGACAAAGCCGUGCUCAGGAAGCGCAAUGUGCUCUGGUUUUGUUUCUAUUUCACAAUCAGAAAAAGCCAUUGCUGUAGCAUUCCGUGGUACUCAACACAUUAAGCAGUUGGUCAAUGAAAUACUUCGCAUAUUAACAGAGCCAAAGCAAUCUUUUCAACCAGGCGGAAAGGUUCAAGUUUACUUUCUGGAUGCAUUUCAAAUUGUGUGGAACGACUUGCAAAACUUUGUUUACGAAGAGAUCGAAAAAUAUCCAAAUUAUAAAGUCUGGGUAACAGGACAUUCCCUGGGCGCUACUCUUGCAUCUCUUGCAAGUACUCUUAUUGCAUCAGAACAGAAGACAACUAAAGAUAAUCUUAUUUUAUAUACUUUUGGGCAGCCCAGAGUCGGCAAUUACGACUAUGCUUUGGCGCACGAUGGAUUGGUUCCCCUAAGUUUUAGGGUGACGCAUUUUCGUGAUAUUGUUGUUCAUUUGCCAACCUGCAAAGUAGUCGUGCCCGGAACUCCUUGCGUCGCCCUCGGAGGUGGGCCUUACCACCACGGCAAAGAAAUCUUUUACGGAAGCGAAAUUAUGACCAAAUCGUCUUCUUAUAAAGUAUGUGAAGGAUUACCUCACAACGAAGAUUUAGGUUGCAGCAAUAAUCCUUUAGUGUGGUCGAAAUGCUUUUCUUCGCAAUUACCUAAAUGUAUUGAUGACCAUAAGCAGUAUUUUAGCAUCAAUAUUGGAACGUGGUGGAAGAACCAUACACACCACGAAGAACCAUCCUCAAAUGCAAAUUCUCCAAUACGACACCUUGAUUUAUACCAUAUGAUCGGUCAAAUAAUCUUAGGUUUAUUGUAUGAGAUGCAAAUAUCACGCUGAAGCAUUAAAUUUAAAUUAGCCUCGACUCCAGUUGUAUAAAUGGUGAGAGUAAUAGAUCUUUGAUAUACAUGACGCGAUUCAUUGAUGGCUAUUCCCUUUUCAAUAUCUCGGAACCAAACUUUUCAGGCAGAGUCCUAAUUUUUGGAUGUUCUUUUCAGCUGAAGUUUCAUAGUUUUAGAUUUAGUUUAAACGGCGGAAUGGUUUCUAUUUUUUGUCCAUUAUACUAAUAUAAUAAAUAUAGGGACGCCAGAACGAUGCGAGGGCAAAUAGUGCAGGUUUUCGUGCAACGGCACUCCUGUAGGCUGUAGUGGUGAAUGUUUGCAAACUUACAAUAUAUCUGUUGAACCUCGUUUCAACGAUCCUCGUGUCUGGGAGUUUGCACCAGACGACCUAAGAUAUUCGUUACUUAUAUUCCCUACAUUUAAGAUGAUUGUGAAUAUGUAUAUUGUAGUGAUGUAGCUAAAUCAUGUAAUCAGACGAGACUUGGCAGAAGAAAGUCACCAAAAAAAACUAUAGGUAUAUAUGCUUCAUAAGUGGAAUGGCAAACUGUGUUUUCAUCAUUUUUUAACUGUCUGGUUAAUUAAGUUGCAUUGCUCGCUAUAAGGAGAAGAAAAGGUAAUUUCAUGUCACUGACAGCUGUUUAAACGGAAGAUGAACCAUAUAAGGAGGCGAAUACUAACCACAAUCCCAUAAAUAUCAUCCAUGAAUGAUAACUAAUAGCUCAGGUCAGGCAUUGCUAAUUUCAUAAAAAUGACAUACGUGCAUGUAUCGCCAAUUGAGUUAAUAAGUUUUUUUGAAAUAACGGCCCUCCUCGGAGAAAAC